UCCAACUGGCCUCACAACCGCAGACCACGUAUAACCCCGCCAGCCCAGGACCUCCACAUCCGGCUUCACCUGCGGGAUCGUCUGAGACCAGCCACCCAGACAGUAGAUGAAACUGUCUAAUACAGCCCGUUUGUGCAGGGAAAAACAUUAUUCUGAUUGGCUGGGCCUGGCUCCCUAGUGGAUGGGCCUAUGCCCUCGCAGGCCCACACCCCUGCCUAGUCAUGUGAAAUCCAUAGAUUAGAGCCUAUUUAAUUCAAUUGACUGAUUUACUGUGACUCAGUAAAAUUGUUAAUUGUUGUUUUAUAUUUUUUAUUCAGUCUAAUAACAGGCAUUAUGAUUAGUGGAAUGGGAUGUGUUCGUAGUACUGGGCUAAAACAGAAAUAGAAUAGCACAGAACCAACAACUCACCUCCAGUUGGCCCUCAUCUCGCCCUGUCCUCCCACAUCCCACACGGUCAAGGCCGUUUUCUUGUUCAGAUCCAGGGUCACCACGUUGAAGCCCACGGUGGGGGAAGUAUCCAUCACCAACCCUGUCUUGAGCCUGAAGAGCAGGGUGGACUUCCCAGAUGAGCCCAGGCCCAUCAGAACAACAGUGGGAGUCCUCUUGAUGUCCCUCUUGGAUAGAAGCAGCCCCAUGACAGACACACUUGGCUAGGCAAAGCAGGGUCUGAUGUAGAAGGUAAAUAGGAAGUACGGCAGUCCCACCUCAGCUUCUGAACAAUGUUGGUUUGUUGGGUCUUCCUCGGUAGUCUCUGAUUUGCAUCAACAAAAGGAGAUUCGGUGAUAUGUGCAACCAGUGGCUCUUCUCGAUUUUAAAUAGUUUUUGUAUUUUUGUCUGGGAGUAGGCGUGAAAGCGUCAGGUGUGCUCACUUGCUGCUGCCCUCCGGUGACUAGAGACUCACUCAACGUGAAUAAAACUGAGUUUGAGUUUCAGAAUAUAAACAUGGUCACCUUCUUUUGCCCAUGACGUCAGAGUGUGUCCAUCUGGACCAACGAUCUGGACUGGGGCUCGAGCACAAAACUCGCUAAACUCAAAGCUGCUGCCUGGUACAUUUGGCAUCCUUACAUCAGCGACGACAACAACGAAGUGACAGCUUUAUUCUGGUAAUCGUGCUUUCAAAUCAUAUUUACUUGAGGUAGGUUUAUUAAUAGUCGAGCGGUUAAAUGUAUCUUUCUUGUUUCUCUCCUCAGUUUUCUUGAUGAUAUGGAGCGAUGCUUUAGUGUUAGCGGGGACAGUGGUGGCCUCACAGCCCCUGCUUCUCCCUCCCCUGUGUCCCCCGUCCUCACCCCGACCCCCCCACCGCGGAGAGCCAGAGUGAGGUACCCAGCGAUGGUGGACGUGGGGAAGUGGCCCCUCUUCACCCUGCUGGGGGCUCAGGAGGUCUCCCGCAUCAGGCAGGCCUGUGUCUUCGGAACCUCAGCCAACGAAGCCAUCUACAUCACCCAGGACGAUGAGGUGUUUGUGUUUGGGCUGAACUGCAGUAACUGUCUGGGGACAGGAGACAGUCAGAGCACCAUGGUCCCUAAGAAACUAGACUUCCUCCGAGGCAAGAAGGUGGUCAGUCUCAGCUAUGGCAGUGGACCACACGUCUUACUGGCCACAGAAGGGGGAGAGUUGUUUGCCUGGGGGCACAAUGGAUACAGCCAGCUGGGCAACGGGACCACCAACCAGGGGGUGUCACCCAUCCUGGUUUCAACCAACCUGCAGAACAAGAAAAUAACACACGUGGCCUGUGGGUCCCAUCACUCUCUGGCCCUGACACACGAUGGAGAGGUGUUUGCAUGGGGUUACAACAACUGUGGCCAGGUGGGUUCAGGUGCCACAGCCAACCAGCCAACCCCCCGCAGGGUGACCAACUGCCUGCAGGGUAAAGUGGUGAUGGGCAUCGCCUGUGGACAGACCUCCUCUAUGGCCGUGCUCGACAACGGGGAGGUGUUUGGCUGGGGCUACAAUGGGAAUGGCCAGCUGGGAGUGGGCAACAACGGUAACCAGCUGACCCCCUGUCGCCUGGCAGCCCUCCAGGGUCUCUGUGUACUACAGAUUGCGUCAGGCUACGCCCACUCCCUGGCUCUAACCGACGAGGGCCUGCUGUAUGCCUGGGGGGCUAACACCUACGGACAGCUGGGUACUGGCAACAAGAGCAACCAGCUCAGUCCUGUACAAAUCAUGGCUGAGAAGGAGAGGAUAGUGGAGAUUGCGGCGUGCCACUCCACACACACAUCUGCCUGUAAGACCCAGAGCGGCCAGGUGUACAUGUGGGGCCAGUGUAGGGGUCAAUCCAUCGUGCUGCCACACCUCACACAUUUCUCCUGCACUGACGACGUCUUCGCCUGCUUCGCUACGCCGUCUGUCAUGUGGAGGCUACUCUCCAUGGAGCAUGAUGACUUCCUGACUGUGGCCCAGUCUCUGAGGAAAGAGUUCGACAGCCCUGAGACGGCCGACCUCAAGUUCAGCGUGGACGGGAAAUACAUCCACGUACACAAGGCCGUGCUCAAGAUCCGGUGUGAACACUUCCGCUCCAUGUUCCAGUCCCACUGGACAGAGGACAUGAAGGAGGUGAUUGAGAUCGACCAGUUCUCCUACCCCGUCUACCGCUCCUUCUUGGAGUUCCUCUACACUGACAACGUAGACCUGCCCCCAGAGGACGCCAUCGGCCUGUUGGACCUGGCCACAUCCUACUGUGAGAACCGUCUGAAACGUCUAUGUCAACACAUCAUCAAGAGAGGCAUCACCGUGGAGAACGCCUUCUCUCUGCUCUCUGCCGCCGUGCGAUACGACGCUGAGGACCUGGAGGAGUUCUGCUUUAAGUUCUGUGUGAACCACCUGACAGAGGUGACCCAGACUGCAGCAUUCUGGCAGAUCGAUGGCAACAUGCUCAAAGAGUUCAUCUGCAGAGCCAGCCGCUGUGGGGCCUUCAAAAACUGACUGACCACUAACCAGCCCCGAAGGAAGGACGAGGAAAGGGCUAGCAUGAACUGGUUUGGCUUGACACUACUUGGCCAUGGUAGAAAGGACAAAGAAGGAAAUGGUAUGAACAUGGAAACGGCUAGCUUGAACCGGAUCUCUAAAUUGCCAUAUUAUUCAUCCAUUGAGACAAUGUCUGGAGUGGUCAUCUGGUGAGGUCAUCUGGUGACUAUGGCUCACCUCCAGUUACACAGCCAAAGAAGCCAAAGCCAGUCCCUGCCUAUGCACCUAAUAUUCCACGCGGACAGGUGGCACUGUGGGGAGGAAGUUCCUUUACCAGUCAAAACAGUGACAUCAGAGUUCGUUGUCUGUCACUGCAUGUUUACAAACCUGCUAAAUGGCAUCAGACUACUCAGUUAGCGUCAGUUUAAUUGGAGGACCAUAGAUCUAGCUUAAGAUGGACACUGUUACAUGCCUGACAAUGUCUGGUGGCAGGGGAUGGCAGUCAACCCCCCCCCCCGAUUGCCCCCUCCUCCCCCCCGAUUUGCAGAUUAUUAUUAUAUAUUUUUUUGCAUCAAAGUUGUGUACUUUGCUCUACUGUUGAAGGGUUGGAUGUAGCUGGCCAGAAAUAUAUUUUACACGGUUUAUGGUUCAGAGCCUGUGGAUGUUUUGAGGAAAUGACAGUUUCAAUAUGAUUUGUAAUAUGCUGUGUACUGACAAAGUAGAGCAGAGCUUGUCAUUUAUUCAUUCAGGCACGUUAAUUCUCGAGACUUGAGAUGAACAUGGUGAUGCAAUGCAACAAUGAGCAGGAACUUGGUUUUCAACUCUUCAGUUCUUUUACCAGACAGAAAACAAAACAUUUGGACCAUAUACAACUUGUUACUCUGUGUGAACUUUUUUAUUCUUACAAAAAUAGAUAUCUACAUUUUUUACUAUUAUUGCAUUCCUUUGGUUGAGAUUACCCCUCCACCCCAGCAUUUCCAAUCAUUCUGCUGCUUUGAAUAUUGUUUUAAUGGUUUAACGUUCAUUACUACAUUCUAAUUUACUUUGAAGCGAGUGUUUGUACUGAAAUUUAAAUUCAACGCAUUGUACUCUUAGAUUAUUAUUCUUUUUUUCAAAAAUAAUUUGUUGCUUAUGUUUUAUUUUUGCGAUUACAUUUAUUUUGAAAUAUUUGCAAUUAUUUAGGAUGGAAACAGUUGAUAUUGGUGCCACAAUUCUCAACAUGUUUAUCGACUUGCAAGUCAUGAGAUGCUUUGAAAUAAACAACUACAUUAUUGUAUACA